UUAAAAUAUUAUCAUGAUAUUCAUUUACAGAUACUUAUGUAUGUAAUGACGAAAAGAUUCAAAUUUGGCUAAAAAGAGUAUUUGAUAAAAUAAAGGUUUCCUUUGGUUUUGAAAACCAAAACAAUUUGGAAACUUUAAUGAAAUGGUACAUUGACUCCCUGCACACUGAUGUUAUAGACAUAGUCAUAAGUCGAACUUUCUCUAUAAAAUUAGAAAAACACAUAUUUCUAUUUCAUAGAAUCUUCAAAAGAUUUAAUUACUUCUCCUUUAAUACCUAUUUAGAUUAUAUGGAAGAUAUUUUAGCUUUCUAUUUGGAUUGCGAAGUAAAGAGAUUUAUCAAUGAGAAAAGAAGACAGAAAAAAAACAAACAGUUUAUGCGCUCAAGAAUUUUAAAUUUAUUAAAUGUAUAUUUAUUGGAUCAAAAAGACAGAUAUCAUCAUGUCCUAAUGAAAAUGCGCGCGGAUAUUUCGUCAGAUGAGGCAAAGAAUUGCCUUGACAACAUAUAUAGGGUGCUAUUUGCUCAAAAACCAUCUAAUAAAUCUGAUCAAGCAUUUUGCACUGCAUUUAUAUUAAGCGAGAGAUGGAAAAAAACUCUACCAGCCGAUUGUUGGCCAACUCUUGAGGAAUUAAUCAAAGAAUUAUAUGGCAGACAUCCCAAUACCAUACAAACAAAUCCCGUUUGGAAAGAAAUAACAUCUUCUAAUGAGUCAUUCAUCGAAACCAUUGCUCAGUUCCAUGUUAACGAUAGAGCUGUGUGUGAUGCUUAUUUCAAAUAUGUAAAAUCUAAAAGUAUGGACGAGAGUGUUGAAAUGGUAAAUAAAGAUGCAAAUCCUUCAGAAGAGCCAAGUACUUCAGGAUUGGGAACAAACCAAGUCGAUGGUGAAAGCGAAGUGGAAAAUAUUUUGAAAAAUUGCCAGCGCAAUGAGGCUGUAGAAGUGAAAACUGAGAAUACCAAGAAUAAAAAUAAUGUUAAUAAUGCUAAUGACGAUGAUGAUGAUGACGAUUGUAUUAUUGUGUCCGAUGAUCCCAUGUAUGUUAAUCCUGAGGAUUUAGUAUUUGAGAUUUUAGAUGACGAUGAUGAAGAAGAUAAUUCGACAGACAAAAAGGAUUGUCCAAGUUCCAGUAAGAAGUCCAAUCGUGAAAUAUCAUUUUUGGAGUCCAUCGACAUGACGGCUAAAGCUUCAACAGCACCAAUAGAUAAUCCAACAAUAGAACCUGUUUCAUCUCCUUUGGUGAAACCCGAGAGUUCAGUUCAGGAUGGUACUGACGAAUCGAGAGAUAUUCUCUCCCGAAAAGUCACAAGGAAAAAAGAUGCCGAACAGGAACCCAACAUCACAAAUGAAGCAAACAACAUCACAGAAGAAGCUAACAUUGUCUCUGAAAAAACUAACGAUACAUCUGAAGAAAAUAACAGUAUCCCAGAGGAACCCAACAAUAUCACCGAUUUAUCUCAAGUUUCCCAAUCUCACAAUACACAGAAACUAGAUAAAAACGAUAAUUUAACUUUGCAUUCGCCUCAUUCCACUUUUAUUAAUUCUCCUGAAUUGGUACCGACAAGCGAAUCGUACACUUCGCCUACGUCACCGGAUAUUUCUAGUACAAUUUUCGAAGAUAAUCCUAAGGAAGAUUCAAUGAAAGAAACCCAAAAUGACAUAGAAACGGAAAACGUAAGCAAUGAAGCAGAAUGUAAUGAAUAUAAUGAAGCUAAUAUACUGGAACAAGCAACCAGUAUUCAUAUCGUCGACACUGGUAUGGAUGAUAUCGAGUCCACAGAACCGACUAUUCAGUAUGAACUUUCGGAUACUACACCAGCAAUUUCCUCCACCAUUCUUUAUACUCAAAAAGUUGACAACUUAUGUUGGGGCGGUAACUUGAAUGAUGUCAUCGAAGAUGUUGCUACGUCGACACCGGCGCGGGAACAAAAACGAGCCGGGUCAUCGUCGUCGUCGCAUUUAAGCUCUACAUCGAGCCCUUCGGAUUUCGUAUCGCCGACAUUCGAAACUGGUAUGGACGAUUUCAAAAGUUACAUGUCUAAUUUCCGAACUGCAGACGACAAGAAGGCAAUCGACCAGGGUCGAAAAGAGGGCGGUAAAAAACGAAAAAGGGUAGCUUUUUCCAACACUAACACCGUUCGCGUGGUGGACACAUUCGCUUCCGUGAGCCCUCAAUACAAGUCCGACCCCCAAGCGAUUCCGUUGAACCAAGUCCUGAACGAUCCGCAGCUUAAAAGAAAACCGGUGGUUAUCGUAGAAAGGCUAAGCACAAUGGAAAUAGAUGGAUGGAAUAACCUUUCGGAAAGAACAAGAAAGAAGCAACGUUUCGAAAAUACCGGUUGUUUGAAACGUUUGAAGCAGCCAGAGAUGAAUAUUUAUCAUGUUAUUUACGAUAAAUCGACGGCCGUUCUCAAUGACAACGACAAGCUAUAUUGCAAAGUGGCCGACGACUGUAACUGGAGAGAGACGCAAGAACCUAAACUUAAAAAAGAAGGUCGAAAUAUGAACAAUGGACAAAUCGUGGGAAAACGGAAGUAUCAAAGAAAAACAACUUCUCAAAAGACGCCGGAAGUCAGGAAAAGAGGUCGGCCUAGAAAGAAUACCUGA